CCGGUUCCCAGACAGAAUUGGCGGUGAGCUGAGUCCGAGGUGGCAGAGGCCUGCCGGCGGGAGAGGUGGUACAAUAUUUACCGUGUCGUGUUCGCGGGACUCAGGCAGGAUGCGGGACGGGAAUCUGGAAGGUGGCUGGUGGUAAAGGAAGGGCCUUACCAGAGAUGGACAGCCGGAUUCCUUACGAUGACUACCCAGUGGUUUUCCUGCCUGCCUAUGAGAAUCCGCCAGCUUGGAUUCCUCCCCAUGAGAGGGUAUACCACCCAGACUACAACAACGAGUUGACCCAGUUUCUGCCCCGUAUCGUCACACUGAAGAAGCCCCCUGGAGCUCAGUUGGGAUUUAACAUCCGAGGAGGAAAGGCCUCCCAGCUAGGUAUCUUCAUCUCCAAGGUGAUUCCUGACUCUGAUGCACAUCGAGCAGGACUUCAGGAAGGAGACCAAGUCCUAGCGGUGAAUGAUGUGGAUUUCCAAGAUAUUGAGCACAGCAAGGCUGUUGAGAUCCUGAAGACAGCUCGCGAAAUCAGCAUGCGUGUCCGCUUCUUUCCCUACAAUUAUCAUCGCCAAAAAGAGAGGACUGUGCACUAGAGAGUUGGAACCCACAGCCCUCCCUGUGGAAUCUUCCAGGAAAAGCUAACUAGACCUCAGGGAAGCCACUUGGGGAGCUCUACUCUCAGCCCCACCCUGGCAGAGUGGAGGGGGAGGAUGGGGAGACACGAGGCCCUGCACUGAGCAAGCUAGCCAACUGCAUUAUCCAAACUGUACUGCACUUUCACUUCCCCAGUUUUCUAGGUGAGCUUCAUUCCUGGAAAGGAGAAGGAUGACAAUGUCUGGGUAUAGCUUAGCUUUUGGAGAACCCUGCUAGAAAAGGCAACUGACAUUUAUUAAAUACCAUGUGCUAGGCAGUUCCACACAUGUCAUAGCAUUUUCAUCAGAGUAUAGAAAUCAGUAGAAAAACAGGGAUUUGGUGGGGGGGGUUCUCCCAUCUAAUCUGCCUGGCUUUCUGAUCCCAUCCUUACACUACCAGUCUCAUAAACUUUGGAGACUCCAGUGGAACCCUGUUUUUCCCCCUCUCUCCUUCUAUCUCUUCCCCCCAAAAGUAAAACACAAUGCUGAGGAAA